GUGCUGUGAAGCCAUGGCAAUGAAGUUGAUUUGUUGUUGCUUUCUAGCAGCAGCCCUGCUUGGCGGUCUGGCUGAGGCUCAGUAUCCCCAGUUUUCUCAGAUUCCGCAAUAUAAAGCUCCGCCUUCACAAUCAGUUCAGCUGCCUCAGAGGCCAGACAAUCCCCCCAAAAAGAUUACUCUUCCUCCCCAGCCUCCUCCCCAGCCACUGCCUCCUCAGUAUUCCCAGACUACUCAGUAUUCCCAGACUACUCAGAAUUCCCAGACUAGUCAGAAUUCUAAGACUCCUCCGAAGUCCCAGACUACUCAGCAUUCCCAGACUUCUCAGCAUUCCCAGCAUGCUCAGAAGCCUCAACCUCCCGUGGACCCUGCUUUUCCGCCCGUAUUUCACACUUGUGAAGUGGCUGAGCAGUACAAGAUUCAGUGUGGUGCUCCCAGGAUCACCGGUUUAGAAUGCGAGGCCAUAAACUGCUGCUUCGAUGGACGCAUGUGUUACUACGGCAAAGCUGUGACUCUUCAGUGCACCAAGGACGCCCAGUUCAUCAUAGUGGUGGCCAGAGACGCUACCCUGCCCCACCUCGAUUUGGAGUCACUUUCUUUCCUUGGAAGUGGUCCGAACUGUGGCCCUGUUGGCGUCACCUCCGCUUUUGCCAUCUACCAGUUCCCUGUCACUGCCUGUGGCACUCUUGUGAUGGACGACAACGGCGCUGUAGUCUACGAAAACAGGAUGACCUCCUCAUACGAAGUGGCUGUUGGACCUUACGGAGCCAUUACCAGGGACAGCAGCUAUGAGCUACUUGUGCAGUGCAAAUAUAUUGGCACCACAGUUGCAGCUCUGGUGGUUGAAGUUAGUACUCUUCCUUCACCACUCCCAGUUGCAGCUCCUGGACCUCUGCGUGUGGAGCUCAGGCUGGGCAAUGGACGUUGUCUUACCAAGGGUUGCAAUGAAGAGGUGGUAGCCUACAGCUCCUUUUACCAGGAUGCCGACUACCCUGUCUCGAAGGUGCUCAGGGAUCCUGUUUACGUUGAGGUCCGAAUGCUGGAGAGGACUGAUCCCAACCUUGUCUUAACUCUGGGAAGAUGCUGGGCAACCAGUGACCCCUACCCUCACAGUCUUCCUCAGUGGGACUUGCUGAUUGAUGGCUGCCCUUACCGUGAUGAUCGUUACCAAACAACACUGGUCCCUGUGGAUUCCUCAUCAGGACUCGCGUACCCAUCUCACCACAGGCGAUUUAUUUUCAAGAUGUUCACUUUCGUAGCUAGGGGUGGACAGGAGCCCGUCAAGACUCCCGGCAAGACAGGAAAUGCAGAGCCAGAGGGUUUGAUUCCUCUCAGAGAAUCGGUGUAUAUCCACUGUGAUGCAGCUGUGUGCCAACCUUCUCUUGGAAAUACCUGUGAACCUAGAUGCUUCAGAAAGAAGAGAGAGAUUGUUGGGUCGGUCCAGAAAAACAUCCGACCGGAGACGACCUUGGUUAGCAGUGGAGGGAUUACCAUCACUGGCCCAAGUACUGAGUGACAACAUCCUGAUGAAACAUUCUUCUCUUGAAAUCUAUGCUCCUCAUACUUGCUUCAAGUAAAUCUGAACAACAACCUGCUGAA